GUUUAACCAUUACAUCAUGGGCGUGAUUCUCUUUGGUCAAAGAGAACAAAUGGCACGUCAGGGUUUAAAAAAUGUCAACUUUGAUGCAUUUGAUGGAGCAGUUGGCUUUGUCAAUGUAAAUAACAGUCACUGGAAGUUUGUGUAUCUUCAUGCCCUAACUACUCAGAUAUUUGUAGUUGACCCUGCCAACAACCAACCUGAUAUGGAGGACUCCAUGGAUGCAGCACAGAAAUUCAGGACAUAUUUCAGAACUCGCUUUAACAAGCUUGGGAAAAAAGACUGGCUGAACAUAAAAUGGAAACCCAGCAGAAUCAACCACACAGUUCAGAAAGACAGCACAAGUUGUGGAGUUUUUGUCAUGCAGAUGGCUAAAGAAACGAUUGAGAAAUUUCCAGAUAUUCCAGAGCAAUUCAACAUUGACCCUAAAAGAAGCAACAUUGCACGUCUCAGAAAGGAAAUGGCACAAGAAAUUAUUGUUUCAUCUGACUCCAAAGACAAUUACUGUUCUUUCUGUGGUUUAUGGACUCUUUCUACUAUGGAACAAAGAAGUAAAGACAUUGUCUGGGUGCAAUGUGAAAAAUGCAUGAGGUGGUAUCAUGCAGGGUGCAUGGGAAUAAAAAACGAAGAUCUUCCUGACAAGGACACAUCCUGGCUCUGUGACCUUUGUAAAAAAUAAAAACUUGUGUGGCAUUUGUACAGAAAUGUUACUGUAACCUUGUAUAUAUUUAAUUUUCUUAUUUAUUCUUUUUGUGAU